UUCCUUUCAUAAUUGGGAUUACAUUGAUUGUAACUAAGGUGUGUGGAAGGGGCUGUAAUAAUGUUCACCCAAGACGGCACUCCAACAUCGGGAGAACUUGAACAGUUCGCUAAGGAAUUUAAACAACGAAGAAUCAAACUUCGUUUCUCGCAGACUGAGGUGGGCUUAGCGCUUGGAUAUCUUUACGGAAACGUGUUUAGCCAGACUACAAUCUGCCGUUUCGAGGCCUUACAGCUGAGUUUUAAAAACAUGUGUAAGCUUAAGCCUCUGUUGAUGAGGUGGCUCGAAGAAGCAGAUACUGACAGGCCUUUUGGAAGCGAGAGCGAGAAGUUGGAAGCUAAGCGAAAACGAAAGAAGAGAACAGCGAUUGAGGUUUCCGUUAAAAGUGUCUUGGAGAACGAGUUUUGCGCAAACCCAAAACCAUCUGCUAGUGAAAUAGGCAUUCUGGCCACAAAUCUCGGCAUUGAUAAAGAGGUUAUUCGAGUGUGGUUCUGCAACAGACGACAGAAAGAAAAAAGGUUAACUUUGAAGGAAACCAAAGAACACGGAAAACCAUGUAGUGGUGAACAAUUUGAGGAGGAAGCACCGCAUGAUCUUGAUGAUAUGACAUCUUUAGCAUAAUUGCUGGUGUUUAAAUUGCACAUCUGUGGUGCAUUUUUGUCUGUUACUAAGUUUUAACAGAAGUACCAGCGUAUUUCAAAUAUUGUUGCCCUUCUUUGUUCGUUUUUACACCUACUCUAUCUAGCUUUCACUUUAAACAUGAUUUAAUAUGUUUAAAUAAAUAAAUAAAUAAAUAAAUAUUUUAAUAACACUACAUAAUGUCACCGUGUGAAUAGAAGAGGAUCUCAGUUAUAUUUCUAUGGAAAAUCAAGAAUGUUAUGUGCGAGAAAUUUUAAACUGGAUGACCGUUCUUCCUUUUGAUGAUAAGUAUAUUUAAUCAAGAUCAAGGUAUCUUUUUAAUUUCAGUUCCAUACAUAGACGAAAGAGAGACAGCUUAGGACGGAAUUUCAACAUAUAAGUAAACGAAAGUUACGAAAAUAUUAUUUUUGUU